AUGUCCAAUGAUCACGGCCGUAGAAGCCCAACUCUUGCGGCGAAGUUUCAGAAGUACGUCGUCGCCUGGAACAAGAAGCAUCGGCGAGAAAGUCCGGAUCGGAAGCACGAGCUGUAUAGAAUUAUACCCCCAAUGUGCAAUGUUAGGCAUGAGUGUUGGAUCCAACAGAGCCCGAUAGGCGCUGAAGAGGAGCUGGAGAUCGUCGAACACCGGAUCAUCGACAGCGAUUCUAUGGAUACUUUUUGGAUGGAAAACGCAUUCUGGACACCUUUCAGAAAAUGGGUCAGAAACCGCUAUGGCGGAUACGAGGCUAGGCAAGAAGAGCUACACGUGUACUAUGAGAGUACUGGGAUACCUUUUCGUUUCUUAGAUCUGCCUCUAGAGCUGCGAUAUAUGGUUAUAAGAUUGGUAUUAGGGUCAAAGGAUAUCUGGCCGCUUCUGACUCCAUCUCACAGACAGCGACUCGUAGCAUCGAGCCAUGUCGAGCAUCGGGAACCAGAGACGUACCAGGAGCUGAGCGAUAGGUUGAACCGGUACAAUGGCUUGUCCAAGGGAGUGUAUCCUAUCGAAUUUGCAGCGCCGUCCCAGUCGCCAAUGAAGCAUGGAUAUAAUUCAAAACACCUGGAUAAACACCCCGAAACCGUUCAUCCGGGUCUUGGUCCGACAAAACAAAAAGAAGUCACGGCAAGAAACCUUCUUCUUGUCAGCAAGGCAAUGCGUAAGAAUACCCAGGUCAUCAUAUUCCACAAAACUACCAAGCGGUUCAACGAAUUGGACGACAUGACGGACAUUGUCUGA